GACUUCCUUACACUUGUGACUUCACUGAGAAUCAUGCGCCGCCUCCUCAUAUGCUCGCUUUUAAUCGGUUCCAGCCUUGCUUUUCAAUUUCCCUUCAGCAUCUUCAAGUCGAAAAACUUUGUUCACGUAGAACAGGCUCAUGCCUCUCCAAGAAUAGCCAUCGUGGGCGCAGGCGCGGGAGGUUCCUCUGCUGCAUUUUGGAUAUCUAAAGCGAAGGAGAAAUUUGGAAUCGACGUUGAAAUUGACGUGUAUGAGCGUUCAGAUUAUGUCGGGGGACGCAGCACCGUAGUAUAUCCUUACAAUGAUACUACACUUGCUCCGUUGGAACUAGGAGCUUCUGUAUUUGUUGACGCCAACAAGAAUCUCAUGAGAGCUUCCAAGGAAUUCAACUUGACACUGACAGCCUUCGAAGAUGAUGAUUCGGACACUGGUAUCUGGGAUGGCCAGAAAUUCGUACUUGUGGUGGAUAGUGGCAGCUAUUUGAAAAGCUGGUGGACAACUUUGAAGGUGUUAUGGAGGUAUGGCUACACUGCCCCCACUAGAACAAAAGCCAUUGUCCAGUCAAUGAUUGACCGCUUUCUCGGCCUGUACACCCCUGAGUCUCCUCGCUGGGAUGAUAUAUCGACGUUCUCAGAAAAGUUCCAGUGGGGGUCCAUGACUAACCAAACCGCCUCAGAUUUUCUCGAAGGUAAGGGUGUUGGCCCGCUCUUUGCACGAGAGCUUGUUGAGGCAGCGACGCGUGUCAACUACGGGCAGAACGUGGACGAGAUCCAUGCCCUCGGAGGCGCAAUUUCAAUGGCAGCGAAUGGUGCAUCUGGCGUUGCUGCAGGAAAUUUCCACAUAUUUGAGCGAUUUCUCGAGAAUUCAUCUGCAAACGUCUUUCUGAACACGAAUGUCAAGGAGAUCAAGCGGAAAUCUGACACUUCUUCUUUGUGGACUGUCUACACAUCGACCGGUUCCCAGACGUAUAAAGGAGUUGUCCUCGCCGCACCUUUCCAUCAGACUAAUAUUAUCCUGCCCUCCGACUUGGCUGAACUCAUUCCUCCGCAGCCAUAUGUGCAUUUGCAUGUCACGUUGCUAACGACACAAUCUGAACGCCCCAGCCCGGAGUACUUUGGUCUCGCAUCCAAUGCUCAAGUGCCGAAAACGAUUCUGUCCACUUACGAGGGUGCUCGAGCGGGUGGGGUGGAGCCUGAGUUCAAUUCAAUUUCUUAUCAUGGAAAGGUUCGUAGGGUAGAAGGUGCAGCAGGAGACGCAACAACAGACUCUGAGUGGGCUGUAAAAAUCUUCUCCCAAGAGCGCGUCUCCGAUGAAUGGCUCGAGACAGUAUUUGGUAAUGUCGGCUGGGUGUAUAGGAAACUGUGGCAGGCAUACCCCGUGUUGCUCCCCACGGCAGAGUUUCCUCCAGUCAAGCUCGAUCAAGGUUUUUACUACGUGAAUGCUUUUGAGCCGUUCAUCUCAACCAUGGAAACCGAGACCUUAGCCUCGCGUAAUGUGGUUGAUCUACUGUUGCAUGAAGAAUUUGGAACUGGUAUCUGUGGUUCUCUGCUCUCAGAGAGUGAGAACGCAACCCAAAUCACAGUGCCGACCGACUUCGUGCUUGGCUGGGAUUGCUAGAUUACGCAAGCGCUGAUCAGUGUAUGAUGGAGCAUUCCGAGUGAACGAAUGACAUAAAUAUAUCCAUAUCUCUAUCCACCAGUCUUCUAGCUAACCAGCUCGAUCACACACCGGGGUGUGCAUACAUAGCUAGUUGGAUCAUAGAUGCAUAGGGAAUUGUACUAGUACUGCGCAAUCGAUAUCAAUACCUGGUGCGCCAAUUGCAAAGCGCAUUGAGUUCGAAGUC